UACGUGACAUAAACACAGUCGUAUUCGUUAGCUGCUGCAUGUAUCUCACUCACAAUAUAGCCAAAUAGUGUAAACAGGUUUAGCUUAAUCAUGCGAUGCCAUAGCUGUAGUGUUGAAGCCUCGGGUUCAUCUAAUGAUGGAUACAAAUCAGAUUUUACAUCAUGCACAUCAAAUAGAAAAACUUCACCAUGAGGGCAACUAUGGAGAUGUACAGUCACUGCUGAAGAGCCUACAGGGUGUGCCUGUUACCGUGGAGCUGCUUCACAAAACGGGCAUGGCUAACGUGGUUUAUCGGGUCCUGAAGACCUGCCCGGUGCCCACGGUGAAAAAAACAGCCAAGCUCCUGCUGUCAAAAUGGAAAAAGGUGUGUGAUGGAGCCACAGGAAACUUCUGUCAUCGAAGGAGGGCAGCCGAAGACCGGGAGGGAAACGGGGAAUGUCUGGGCGGAGACGCCUCUGGCUCUGGUUCAUGUGGCGGCUCUGAUGGACGCGUCCCACAAGAGGAGGAGGAGGAGGAGAGCAGAAACAGGAAGAGGCGCAUGACUGAAGAGGGGUGUGGCGUUUCAGAGCAGAGCUGGAGGCAUCCUGAGGUCAUGCAGCACACGACAGGGGAAGAAGCCCAGCCUGUGGAGGGUAGCGCAGAGGCUGCAUCUGCCUUGGACAGAGAAGUAGCAUCAGCAGUGACAUCACCAGUGGAGUCCACACUGAGACCUACAGAGAAUUCCCAGCUCACCACAACUUACACGUCCCAGAAUAGCGAUGCCUCACCUCUGAGGUCCAAAUGCAUGCAGCUGCUCCUCCAGGCUCUGGGGCCUGAAGACACCACAGGGGACGGACCGCCCCCUGGUGUCAGAGAACUGGCUCAGGACAUCGAGAAGCACAUCUUCAUGCUGCACAGCCAGAAUGAGCUGAAGUAUAAAUCAUGUGUCCGAAGCAAAGUGUCCAACCUGAGGAACCCCAGAAGCCCCCACCUGCGUCAGGGCCUGCUGAGAGGCCAGCUGGGGCCGGAGGCCUUCGCCAAAAUGUCCGCCAAGGAGAUGGCCAAUCAGGAGCUGAAGGAGCUGAGGGAGGGGUACACAAAAUCGGGAAUCCGUGAGCACCAGCGCCCCCUGGGGGUGGAGGGAACCCCUACAGAUAAGGUCCGCUGCAGGCGCUGUGCUGGCUUUGACUGCAGGGUGACUCAGAUCUCCAGAGGAGCGCUGUUCCUCCCGGGGUGGGUGCGAAGCGGCAGUCCGGACGAGGACUCCAUGACCUUCAUGACCUGCGCCGGCUGUGGAGAGCAGUGGUACCACUCCAGCUGGGUCUGUUUGUGAUAUGAGGUCAUGGUGAACAGGACUGCUCAUUCGUUGUUUCACGUUCAGGGCCAGUUUUACAGACAAACCUUGUCCUGGACUAAAUUAUGUUUUGUAUGGAGAACCUCACCUUUUGUCUAGGACUA